AGAACACAGCACGCCUCUAUGUCUCCACCGCCCUCCCCUCGGUCCUUUUCUGUCACCAUUCCACCACGCCCCCUUUUCUACGUCACCGCUUGCUACUCCGCCCUCUGCCUCUCCACAGGGCCGUCAUCGAGCCGUUAAAAAAGGAGCGCGCGGGCGAAGAAACCGCCAAUACGAAGGUCUCGCUCCUGCUACCAUGGUAACACAUAGCCUUAGAGAGAAGAGCGCCGCCGGGCGGCCUUGAAGCUUCUGGUAGGAGCGGAAAAGCCGCUGCUAGGGACGCUCCAGGGCCUACGUCUCUAUGGCUCCCUUAGCAACGCAGAGCCCUAGAGAUAAGAGCACGGCCUUGAAGCUUCCGGUAGGAGCGGAAAUCCGCUGCUAGGGACGCUCUAGGGCCUGCGUCUCUAUGGUGAAACCGUCGAGUUGCCCGCAGGCAGCAAUGGCUCCGGACCGGUGGUUGUCGCUCUAUGAUUGCACUUGCCUGAUGGCCCAAGAAAUUGCUGAAAAAAUCCAAGAACGCAACAGAUGCCAAAGGAAUGGGGAAAGUACAGCCAAGCUCAGUGCUGCCAUCAGGUCACUGCUGCAGAAUCUCCAAGAAAAGGUCCAUCACCUGAAGGAGCUGCUGUUGAGCUCUGUCUCAACACGUCAGAUAACACAACACGAAGGAGACAGACGGCAGAACUUAUUGGAUGAUCUUCUGACGCGCCAUGGACGACUCCAGGCGUCCUUCAGGAAUGAAAACGCAGAGCCAGAGGUGAUGAGGUCCACCCUCAUGACAGGAGGGGUCCAGCGAGGUCCAGCCACCAACCCAUGGCUGGUGGAAGAGCCUGAGGAAACGAGGGGCCUCGGCUUUGUCGAGAUCCAGCAGCAGCAGCGGAGGGUCAUAGAAGAGCAGGAUGCCGGACUCGAUGCCCUCUCUUCCAUCUUGUCUCGGCAAAAACAGAUGGGGCAAGAAAUCGGAAACGAACUGGAAGAACAGAACGAAAUCAUCGAUGAUCUCGCCAGCUUGGUGGAAAACACCGACGACAAGCUGCGCAGCCAAACCAGGCGGGUGACGAUGGUCGACAAAAAGUCAACUUCCUGCGGGAUGAUGGUGGUGAUUGUGUUGCUGCUGAUUGCGAUUGUCGUCGUCGCUGUUUGGCCUGCCAAGUAGCCAGUGGAGAUGUCACGCGGCGGCGGCAUAUGAACAGCGCUCCCAAGACAAGGACUGCUCCGUUUUGUUGUCGUCGCUGUGUGGCCUGCCAAGCAGCAAGUGGAGAUAGCACUCGGCAGCAGCAAGUGAACAGCGCUCCCAAGAGAAGCACUGCUCCGUUUUGUUGUAGCUGGUUUCUGUGGACUUGACUGCAUCUGCCCCAUUGUGGGUACCCUGUCAGAUGCGCAUGUCAGGUGGAGGAUUUCCUUUUACACAAGUCUGUCUAGUUUGGGCUUUGUGUUUGCACAAAAGUGACUGGAAGAAGAUUGUGAUUAUGAAGAUAAUUAUUAAAUGCAAUUGAUUCCAAAGAA